GUUAACGUAUGUUUACGAUUGUAACUUCCUUUUUCCGGUUUAGGUUCCCCGAGACCGAAGCUAUCGUAUAAAGUCGAAGGUGUAAACCUCGAUUUUAUUCAAAAUGGGGUUCGUGAAAGUUGUCAAGAGCAAGGCCUACUUCAAGAGGUUCCAAGUCAAGUUCAAGAGGAGGAGAGAGGGAGUGACUGACUACUAUGCCAGGAAGCGCCUCAUCUUCCAGGACAAAAACAAAUACAACACCCCAAAGUACCGCUUGAUUGUCCGUUUCAGUAACAAGGACAUCGUCUGCCAGAUAGCCUACGCUCGUAUCGAAGGUGACGUGAUUGUUUGUGCUGCCUACGCUCAUGAACUGCCAAGAUACGGCGUGAAGGUCGGGUUAACCAACUAUGCUGCUGCAUACUGCACUGGAUUGCUUUUGGCAAGAAGACUGCUGAAGAAGUUUGGCUUGGACCAAACAUAUGAGGGUCAGGUUGAGCCUGAUGGUGAAGAGUUCUGCGUUGAAGACGUGGAUGGAGCCCCUGGUGCUUUCCGUGCUUACUUGGAUGUGGGUCUGGCUCGUACCACCACUGGAGCCCGUGUGUUUGGUGCCCUGAAGGGUGCUGCUGAUGGAGGCAUUGACAUCCCCCACAGCAACCGCAGAUUCCCUGGCUACGAUGCUGAGAGCAAGAAGUUCAACGCCCAGGUCCAUCGUGACCACAUCAUGGGCAAGCACGUGUCAGACUACAUGACCUACCUGCAGGAGAAUGAUGAGGAAGCCUACAAGAGACAGUUUUCUCAGUUCAUCAAAAACAGCAUUGCUGCUGGCAAGGUGGAGGAGAUGUACAAGAAGGCCCACGCUGCUAUCCGUGCGGAUCCAGAGUCCAAGCCACCCGGCAAGAAGGAGGUGGUCAAGAAGAGGUGGAACAGGAAGAAGCUUUCCAAUGCCCAGCGCAAGGCCCGUGUUGUCCAGAAGAAGGAAGCUUACCUCAAGUCUCUCGACGACGAAUAAAUGCUGGAUGAAAUGUUAUCUCUAUGAGAGCGUGAUUUGUGCUUGUCAUAGAAGAAUAAAGUUCCAAAAUAUGACAGAACA